GUGAAACUAGCACUAUUUUCCAAGAAUUUUUCUCACUGCUCUGGGAAAACAACUGAUGCUGGGCUGGGCUAUGGGCAUCAAAGAAGAAACACGAAGCGUCUCUCCCCAGUGUCCCAAACCGAAUGAGUCCGAGGAGCCGCAAGGCACUGCGAUGGAGGACGGCACGUCGCGGAGCGACCCCCCGAGUGUGAAGGCAGAGGAUGAGAUGGAAGAAGCCACAAGCACCACGCGAGACGACAACACAGAAGAAGUGGUCAUCACCAAGGAGAUGGAGGAGGAGGAGAAACAUCUUAUGGAAGAAGGCGAGAGGAGGGAGAAAGAAAUGAUGGCGAAGGCUCGAGAGUCAUGGGAGAAGGACUCCCAUGAAAUGCGCUUCAAGAGACUGCAGCACUUGUUAGAGAAGAGUAACAUCUACUCCAAAUUCCUGCUUACCAAGAUGGAGCAACAGCAACAGGAGGAGAAAUUGAAAAAGGAGAAACUGGAAAAGAAGACGUUGGCACUUCAGCAAAAGGGCAACAGCAAAAAGAAUGAGAAAGCUGGAAAGAAGAAAAGGGAACGAGACGAAGACUACAAAAUUUCAGACGUGAUGUCCAAAGAGGAAAUUUUGUCGAAGGCCAAAAAAGCUAAAGUUGAUGACCCAGAAGUGGGACCCAGCAACAGGAAGCUAGAGGCAGAAGACAUAGAGAAGAUGAGCGACUCCAACUCUGACAUCAAGGGCCGCUUGUCGGAGGCGGUGCGGGACAACGCCAAGCACAUGCUGGACCCCGAGAGGACCUUCAACGGGCAGCCGGUGCCCGCCCAGCAGCCCACAAUCUUCACCGGCGGGGUCAUGCGGUGGUACCAAGUGGAGGGCAUGGAGUGGCUCAGGAUGCUGUGGGAGAACGGGAUCAACGGCAUCCUGGCGGACGAGAUGGGCCUGGGGAAGACCAUCCAGUGCAUUGCGCACGUGGCCAUGAUGAUUGAGAAGAAGGUCCUGGGCCCUUUCCUGGUGGUGGCCCCGCUGUCCACGCUGCCCAACUGGAUCUCCGAAUUCAAGCGCUUCGCGCCACAGAUCUCUGUUCUGCUGUACCACGGUCCACAAGCCGAGAGGGUGCACCUGAUAAAGAAGAUCCGUAAGCCCCAAGGGCCGCUGAACAUGUGCCCUGUGGUCGUCACCUCCUUCGAGAUGGCUAUGAUCGACCGCAAGUACAUGCAGCGCUUCAUGUGGAAGUACCUGAUCGUGGACGAGGGCCACAGGAUAAAGAACCUGAACUGCCGGCUGGUGCGCGAGCUAAAAGCACUCCCCACUGACAACAAGCUGCUCCUGACGGGCACCCCCCUGCAGAACAACCUGGCCGAGCUCUGGUCACUGCUCAACUUCCUGCUGCCGGAUGUCUUCGACGACCUCAAGAGCUUUGAGUCCUGGUUCGAUAUCAGCACCAUCAGUUCUGAUGCUGAAAAUAUCGUCGCCAAAGAACGAGAGCAGAAUGUCUUACACAUGCUUCAUCAGAUUCUGACCCCCUUCCUGUUGAGGAGGCUGAAGACUGAUGUCACGUUGGAAGUGCCCCCAAAGAAAGAGAUUGUGGUAUAUGCCCCCCUGACCCCAAAGCAGGAGUCUUUCUACACAGCCGUGGUCAAUAAAACCAUCUCCAAGCUGCUGGGACAGCAGAAGGAGGACUCUGCCCCGGUGGAGCUGACAUCCAGCGGCAGGCCGAAGCGCAGGACUGCGAGGAGGGUGAACUACACUGAGGGGAACCCUGACGCCGCCCAUGACUUGGAGAAGUACCUGGAGAAAAUGCAGAAAGAGUCUGAGCUCCAGCAGAGCACCCCCGUGAUUGACGUUCAGUCGCCCCUGGAUGCCCAGAUCACCCUGAAGCUCCAGAACAUUCUGAUGCUUCUGAAGAGAUGCUGUAACCAUCCUUAUCUGAUCGAGUACCCUCUUGACCCCGCCACGCAGGAGUUCCAGAUUGACCAGAAGUUGGUGGAGUCGUCAGGGAAGUUCCUCGUCCUGGACCGAAUGCUCCCCGAGCUCAAGAAGAGGGGCCACAAGGUGCUGAUCUUCAGCCAGAUGACCUCCAUCUUGGAUCUCCUCAUGGACUACUGCUACCUGCGAGACUACCAGUACAGCCGCCUGGACGGGAGCAUGUCGUACCCUGAGAGAGAGGAAAACAUGAGGAAGUUCUCCGAAGAUCCGGAGGUCUUCCUCUUCCUCCUCAGCACACGAGCGGGAGGGCUGGGAAUCAACCUAACAUCUGCCGACACAGUCAUCAUCUUCGACAGUGAUUGGAACCCUCAGGCGGACCUUCAGGCCCAGGACAGGUGUCACCGAAUUGGCCAGACCAAGCCUGUGAUGGUGUACCGCCUCAUCACCUCAAAUACCAUCGACCAGAGGAUCCUGGAGAAGGCCUCCGCAAAGAGGAAGCUGGAGAAGAUGGUCAUCCACAAAAACAAGUUCAAGGGAGGGAAAGCAGAGCUCAAACAACAGUCAAAGUCCUGCAUGGACCUCGCUGAGCUGACGGAACUCUUGAAAUCCCGAGAUUACGAGAGGGAAGUGAAAGGGACCAAGGGAAAGGUCAUCAGUGACAAGGACCUGGAGUUUCUGCUGGACCGCAGCGACAUGCUGGACCAAGCCAAGAAGAACCGGAAGCAGGAGAAGGACGGCGUCUUCCGCGUGGUCGAGGCCAAAGAGUCAUCGGAGAUCAGCCUAACCUGAAGCGGGGGGGGGCUCUUUCGGUUUCAGAGAAGCAUGCGUGACGGCCUGCUGGACCAGGGAACAGACCCACAUCCCGAACCCUUACUGCGUCCUCUGCUCAACCAGGAGAAGGCAAAAGCAGCCUGCAUUGAACUGUAAAUUCGUUAAACUUGCCGUUUAAGGAACACAGAUUUGUUGCUGUGAUCGAUAAACCCUCUACUUUUAAUCC